GUGGUUGUGCAACAGGUUCUGGUACCUGGGUCUGGUUUUUGAUUAGAUUCUAAGCUAGAUCAUACCACGCAUAUCGGCUGAUCAUUGAAAUACAUUAAUUAACUUACUCAAUUAUCUGAAUUUAACACCAUUUGGUCAAUCGUGAUGUCUGCAAAUCUACUCAAGAACACAGCUGCUUUGCUAAAUUUGGCCACACGCCGAUCCUACAGUUCAAAGAUCAAUGAUGUGGUAGUAGUCGCAGCGGCUCGGACACCUAUUGGCAGUUUCCAGAGCCAGUUGGCUCCAUUGUCGGCCACCCAGUUGGGUGCUGUUGCUAUUGAGGCAGCUAUCCAACGUGCAGGCAUUGCCAAACAGGAUGUGGAUGAGGUAAUUAUGGGCAAUGUAGUCUCCGCCGGCCUGGGUCAGGCACCGGCGCGUCAGGCAGCCAUUUUUGCCGGGCUACCCACCAAUGUGUGCUGCACCACAGUGAAUAAGGUGUGCUCCUCGGGCAUGAAAUCGGUGAUGCUUGGCGCCCAAUCCCUUCAGCUCGGCUCUGCCCAAGUGGUGGUUGCCGGCGGCAUGGAAUCUAUGUCCAAUGUGCCCUAUUACUUGAAACGUGGUGCCACACCUUACGGCGGUGUCAAUCUAACCGAUGGAAUUGUUCUCGACGGCCUUUGGGAUGUUUAUAAUAAAUUCCAUAUGGGCAACUGUGCAGAAAAUACAGCAAAGAAAAUGCAAAUUUCCCGUCAGGAUCAGGAUGCAUUUGCCAUUGAGUCGUAUAAGCGUUCGGCCAAAGCCUGGGCCGACCAGGUUUUCAAGGAUGAGAUUGCCCCAGUGAAGAUUCAGCAAAAACGUAAGCCAGAAGUCACCAUUACCGAGGAUGAGGAAUAUAAGCGAGUGAAUUUCGAUAAGUUUGGACAACUGGCCACUGUUUUUCAACGUGAAAAUGGCACUGUAACCGCUGGCAAUGCAUCAACCUUAAAUGAUGGUGGAGCCGCUGUGAUCCUCAUGACAGCCGAUGCCGCCCAAAAGGCUGGCAUUAAGCCACUCGCACGAAUUGUCGCUUUCCAAGAUGCUGAGACCGAUCCUAUUGAUUUCCCCAUUGCUCCAGCUUUGGCUGUGCCCAAGCUUCUCCAGAAGGCAGGUGUUAGCAAGGAGGAUGUUGCCCUGUGGGAGAUCAACGAAGCAUUCUCUCUAGUCGUUUUGGCUAAUAUACGUAAAAUGGAUGUAGAUCCAGCCAAGGUAAACGUCCAUGGUGGUGCUGUGUCCAUCGGUCAUCCUAUUGGCAUGUCAGGAGCUCGUCUAGUUACGCAUUUGUCGCAUACCCUUAAAUCGGGUGAGUUUGGUUGUGCCUCCAUUUGCAAUGGUGGCGGCGGAGCAUCAUCCAUUUUGUUGCAGAAGCUCUAAAAAUUGAAACGGAGAAGUGCAAUUGCUUUCUCAACCAGAAAUGCAUUUAUUAAAUUUUUUGAUUUUUUGAAAUUAUUAUAAUUAUUAUGAGAAUAUAGUGUAUGUAUCUUUUGUCUUUAUCCAUUUCGUUUUUAAUCAUAUGUGAUUUGUUAUAAUAAAACUACUAUCAAGCAUUUAA